AUGGUGUUAAAUCCAAAUAUGAAAGAGGUCGUUAGGGAAGAAGUACUUAAACUGUUAGAUGUAGGUAUCAUCUACCCUAUUUCUGAUAGUCAAUGGGUUAAAAAUGCUUUUGUCUUUGAUAAUGAUUGCCAUGUUGCCUUUGAAAGAUUAAAAUCCCUUUUGACUAGUGCACCCAUUAUUCGCCCUCCUGAUUGGAAUAUUCCUUUUGAAAUAAUGUGUGAUGCUUCUGAUUAUGCUAUUGGUGCUGUUCUAGGACAAAGAAUUAACAAGUUACCUCAUGUAAUCUACUAUGCUAAAUUUGAUUUAGAGAUACGAGAUAAAAAAGGUUCUGAAAAUGUUGUUGCUGAUCAUUUGUCUAGAAUUGUUGUUGAGACUAAUAAUGACUCCACCACUAUAACUGAAACUUUUCCUGAUGAACAACUCAUGCAUAUAUCUUCUUUGCCUUGGUAUGCUGACAUUGUGAAUUAUUUGGUCACUGGUGAAAUUCCUUCUCAUUGGUCUAAGCAUGACAAAUCUAAAUUUUAUUCUGAAGUGAAACAUUUCAUGUGGGAUGACCCUUAUUUGUUUAAAUAUUGCCCUGAUCAAAUAAUAAGGAGAUGCAUUCCAAACUGUGAUCAACUUAAAAUCAUAUCUUUUUGUCAUGAUCAUGCAUUUGGUGUUGACUAUGUGUCUAAAUGGGUUGAAGCUGUUGCAUGCCACACAAAUGACCAUAAAGUUGUGCUUAAGUUUUUGAAAGAAAAUAUUUUCUCUCGGUUUGGCUCACCACGUGCUAUCAUUAGUGAUAACGGUACACACUUUUGUAAUAGAUCUUUUGAGCAUUUAAUGAAACAAUAUGGUAUUACACAUAAAGUCACUACACCUUAUCACCCACAAACUAGUGGUCAAGUUGAAAUAUCAAAUAGAGAAAUUAAGCACAUCUUAGAGAAAACUGUCAAUCCAUCUAGGAAAGAUUGGUGA